UAUAAAAGAGUCUGCAAGUCAAUUGUUCGCCUGAACUUUCCGCGGCCACUUCACCUAACUCCCAAUAAUCAUAAAGAAUAGUCAUCAGAGUUUAUUUACAUUGAAGGCCUCACCAUAACAAGUCCAGAAACGUACGUGAGAUCGAGAGUUUGUCUUGUUGUCUCUCACUUCUCCCCUCGCUAUGGAAGUAUUCAGCUUGCUAAAGCUCAGGAGGAGCGGCGAUGACCCAAUAGCCCCCACCGCCAACGCUUGCGCCUCCGACAUCUGUUGCGCGGCCGGCGCAAACCAUGGAGGCGGCGGAGUGAUGGAGGACGAAGGCCCCUUUUUUGAUCUUGAGUUCUCCGUCCCAGUAGAGCUUAAGAUGAACGCUUCUUCUAUGGGACAUCGGUCUUCAACCUCUUCCACUUCUUUAAAGGAAGAGAUUCUCUUCAACGGGCGUCUUUUUACACUUGAGUCCUCUUCCUCGCCAUCCUCGCUGUUCUUCUCUCCUGCUGCUUCUGAACCGAACUCAAAGCCCCAUUUCCCAGCUUCUGUGGUAAAAUCUGCUACCAAGCUCCGAAUUUUCAUGUUUCGGCUCAACUCCAGCAACAGCAGCUCUAAUUCUGCAUCUGAUUCUAUAAAAUUCAUCAAGGAGGAGAAGAAGCUGGUUUACAAGGACGUUAUCCUUCGUUACAUCAGCAAGAUAAAACCUUUGUAUGUAAAGGUCUCAAAGCUGAGAUUUUCGGGACCUCUUGGCCCGAACAAGGAUGGCUCCGCCGCCCAAAGCGCAGGGGCGAAGAAACAGAGCAAGGGGAAGCCAUGGUCGACAGGAAAUAGUCUUUCUUACAGGCUUAAGGCGGUUCCCGGACGUCUGCGGAAGAGCAGGUCGGCUUCCUCAGCGGUGGCGUACGUCUACCCGCCGCCGAUGGUGACACCUAAGCACGACGACUCGCUUCUUCAACAAGAAGAUGGAAUACAGAGCGCUAUUGCUCACUGCAAGAGAUCUUUUCAUUCAGAAAAAGAAUCAGGAUUCUGGGCUGCAGAAUCGCCGCUGCUUCGUUCCAUGAGCGAUCCCGGAGAAGAUAGAUCCAUCGGUCGUGUGAGAGACAAUUCUGCCAUUAAUUAGAUCAUUGUGCAGAUCAUUUUUUUGUUAAAAAAAUAGCUUUUGCUUGAAGUGGCAAAAUUUGAAAGAUGGGAUUGUCUCUUUCUUUCCAUGCUCCGCUUAUUCCGAAUGACAUCAUAGUUAGGCCCUUUCAGUGAAGAACGUACGCAUACAGUAUUCUGUACAUCGAAGCCAUUAAUUAUUUGUUUUAAGCUCUCCUUAAACUUCUCUAUUUAAAAUUUUAAAUGUAUAAGCUUUGUCAUAAUCAACGUGCUCCCAACUUCCCUCAGCUUUAUUCUUCUAAAAGAAUAAUUUCCAUUUGACAAAUUGUUCAUCGCUUUGAAUGGUUCAAAAGGCGGGAGUGGAAGAGAAGCUGAGCCCUCGAUAUGAUGAGGGUGGAAGAAGACAAAGAUCUGAGAAGCUCAGGCGGCAUGGGGAACGCUGUCUCUCUGCUUUUUUAUUCAUAUUUUUAAGAAGUUUCAUGAUUUCCUC